AAAAGAGAAAAAAAUUGAAUAGUACAAAAAAAGUUUUUUUUUCUUUUUUUCUUUUUUUUUUAACGAGAGAAAAUAUGUCUUCCUUUAAUCGUGAAAGAUGCACUUGGAAAAUAUCGUGGAAGAGAGAGAGAGAGAGAGAGAGAGAGAAAAAAUGAAAGAGUACGCUUAGCGAUUUAGAAAAAUCAAUCAUAGAUCCUACCUCGUGUGAUCCUAAAGCGCCGUCUAUCUGUGGGACAUACUACCACCAACUUAUGGAUUUCAUCAGGAGAAUCAGAAGAAGGGGUCAGAACAGACAGGACAGAGAGUGGGACAGAGCCAGGAGGACAGGUCAAGCAAUUGCAGGUGUCGCGUUGCACGCUCACGAUUUCUACUUUUAACGUUGUUUUAAUUAAACAUUUAAAAAUUCAUUCAGUUCAAUGUAUUCCUUCGGUCAGUAAAUUAAUAAAGAGAUUAACUUUGAUUUCUUUAUCUUAUUAAUAUUUAUCCCAGUGAACUCUACAAAAAGGAUUAAUAUUCAAAGAAAAGAGAAAGAGAUCAAUGUCCGCUUUGCUCUAUCCGAUCGCAUUGCUGGUUCCAUGAACUCAAUGCAAUUAACGAUCGGUUAUUUGGAAAUGUAAUUUUCUGCGUGUUCUGCUGUUGAACAUAGAGGGAUGGCUUUCUUAUGUCCAGUACGCAUACGUCGAGGGAAAAAAAAGAAACCUGGAAUUCAUAACUUUAACUUGGAAAAGGACUGCGUUGGUGCAGGAGGUACAGGACUUGGCGUAGGAACCAGAGCCCCAUUACCACCUGGUCGUAUAACAGGAAGUGCCAGUAUAGAAACUUUAGUAAGAGUUGGUAUAGAAAAAGAAAAUGGACUUUCUCCGGAUAGUAAAAUGGUUAUAGUUCAUGACUUUACUCCAUGCGUUGAUGAUGAGCUCCAAGUCAAAAGAGGACAAGUUGUAAAUGUAUUAUAUAGAGAAAAUGACUGGGUAUAUGUAAUAGCAGCUGACACACGUAUGGAAGGAUUCGUACCACAUUCUUACUGUGCACCUUAUACGUCACAGUUAGCUGAAUUAACUCUUGCUACUCUUAUGAAUAAUGUUAAAAAAAAAUUGCCUAGAUCUAAUGAGGGUGAUGGUGAUAUUUCAAGUACAGGUCGUUCUCAAGCAUUAGAUGUACAACAAACUGAUACAGGAUCAGCAUCAGAUUGUGAAAGUUAUACUCGCAAUGUUGUAACUGCAGAUAUAAAUAUUAAUAGAUCUAAUAUUACUCAAUCACAAAAUUCUAUACAAACUAUAUCUUCUCAACCAGAUGUUCAUCCCUUUUUCAAGGAUCCUUCAGCUGGAAGGUAUAUUGUGUUAUAUACAUUUGUGGCAAGAGAUGAAAAUGAUGUAAGCGUGGAAAGAGGAGAAUUUGUGACAGUCCUCAAUAGAGAUGACCCUGACUGGUUUUGGGUGCUUAGACAUUGCGAUGGUAACGAAGGAUUUGUACCAUCUGGAUUUGUUUAUCCAGGACACGUACUUCAUUCGUACGCGACAACAGGUACCGCUGCAACGACAACAACGUCUACGGAAACGCAUACUUUAGAGACUGGUAAUGGAAAUAUAACGGGAAGUGAACAAUUACAACAGAAAAGUUUACGAGACUUCAGAGAAGAAACUCCUGGCACCGAAUUAGUUGUACUUUAUGAUUAUAAGGCGCAGGCGCCAGAUGAUUUGUCAGUAAGACGAGCCGACUGGAUAUAUGCAGAUUUGGGAAAUCAAACGGUCGAUGGUUGGCUUUGGGCGUAUGCACCCAAAACUCGGAAAUAUGGUUUUAUUCCUAAGGCAUAUGCCCGUCCUCCUGCUAUGACCAGCUUGUGAUACGUAUAGCAAUUUUGUAUUCUUAUCUUUUAUAUAUAUACAUAUGUAUAUAUAUAUAUAUAUAUAUAUAUAUAUAUAUAUAUAUAUAAUUUUUUUAUAUCAA